ACAAAAGGCCAAAACACAGCAAAAACCCUUUUAUGUACUAUCAUCUCAAAAUGCCACAAAAACAGCUCAGAUAAGGCAAAACCCCAAACCUCAAACCCCAAGUAGUCAAGCGCAAAAGUUUAGCCAAAAAUGGCGAACCUGGAAUCGGCAAUAGACUCUGCAUUUUGGGAUCAGAGCAUAUCCUGCCCACGGACUUUGGAUGGCUCGGCCAAGUCAGUUCCAGGUGAGCCGUUUCCUUUAGAUGGAGCUCGAGCCAGCAAAGCCCUUCGAAUUCAGCAGCUUUCAUUUCUCCGAAAUGGCUUCCCUUUGGGUAUCAUUCCUUCAAUAUCUCCCCCUUCUCAGAAGGACUUGGGUUCUUUCUCUCUUCAGACUCUCUUGCUUAGGCCUUCCACUUCUAACUGGUGGCUUGGGUUAAUUGGUCAGUUUAGGCCAAAGAAGCUUAUUUCAGCUAUUAAAACGGAACUUCAGAGUGCCGAUGAGCUGGAGCUCCCUGUUUUCCGGGAUGCAGCCAAGCAUUUUCUUGACAAGUCACUGUAUUCAGUUGCAUUGGCCACACAGCUUUCCUUGUCCCCUUCUACAUCCCUAUUGUGGAGCACGGAGCGACAAGGCGAGAAGAAAGGUUAUCGCAACAAGUUUAAGAUUUAUCACCAGCUUCCUGAUCACGAUAUCACAUUAGAUGCUGCAUGGCCUGAGCUUUUUAUGGACCGUAAAGGAAAAUAUUGGGAGGUUCCAGAAUCAAUAUCCUUAGACAUGUCUUCUCUUCCUUCUGACUCGGGGUUGCAAUAUCAUUUUGGCAUACACAAAAACAGUGGCCACCCUCAGGCUUUCAAUGCACUUGACGGUGAGGCACCUUCUGCUUUAAUGCCAGGGUUAUGCGCAAAGGCUGCAUUUUCCUAUCAGAAGAGCAAGGAUAUUUGGAGGCGAAAGGAGACAAAAGAGGAUCUCAUCAUAAAGACAGACAAAGGUUCAUAUUGGCGGCCGUCAUAUGAUGUUCGUCUUAGAGAACCUCAUGCUGCUAUAUCUGGAAUUAUAGGAGGCACAUGUGCGGCCUGGUUUGAGAAAGGCUCCAAAAAUGUUGAAUCACAGAGUGAGGAUAACAUACCUACAACCAAUAACAAGAGAAGCCCUUUGAGUGCGGAUUUCUUCGGUUCAGCUUGCUAUACUUUUCAGCAUGGGCAGUUUCGUAAGCUAUAUGGUGAUCUAACUCGAGUUGAUGCUCGUUUGGACUUAUCUUCACUCUCAUCAUUUGCCAAAAGAAUUUUCAAGAGUUCUAGUGCAAACAAAUCUCUAUCAUCCCCCAGACUAAAUUUGAUAUUUCAACAACAGGUUGCAGGGCCAAUUGUGUUUCGAGUGGAUUCAAAGUUGCUGCUCGAUUCUAAAGCUGGGAAACUAGGCCCUCAUAUCGAAGAUGUCAUAUACAGCUUGAGCUACUCAUUGAGGCUUCUGCGUUCCGGAAAAGUUGUAGCUUGGUAUUCUCCAAAGAGAAAGGAAGGGAUGAUAGAAUUGCGCCUUUUCGAAUUCUAACUCAUCUUCUGUCAUCCUAUCAUUGUUUUUGUUCAGAAUUUCUUCUAAUCAUAUGAUUAUCCUAGUUAGAGGCUGAUGUGAAAUCUUGCAGCUUCAUUUCCCUUUUUUGGGCCAAUUCCCAUGUUUUGUAGGCCUUUAUGGAGCUUCAUAGUUCAUCCCAAAUCCAAACCCUGCAUGUUAAGUU